AUGCCUAGAACACCCCCUUCGGACUCUGACCCAAUCCAUUCCGUGGGCAACCGCGCCAACUUCCAGCAUCGGACUUGCAACUACGACGAUUCGGCACUUACAGAAUCGGAUGCUCAGGAGAAGCGUUCUCAGCCUAGUAUCGCACAGAGGCGGGCCUCACACAAUGCUGUCGAGCGAGCUCGCAGAGAAACGCUGAAUGGCCGUUUCUUGGAUCUGGCUGCACUCUUACCGAAUCUGAAACACCUUCGCCGGCCGUCCAAAUCGUCCAUCGUCAACUCAUCGAUCGCACACGUCCGUGCGGCGCGCCGCUACCGUCUCCUUGCUUCCCAGCAGCUCCGGACGUUGGAUUCCGAGUGUGAGCAGCACCGCCGGGAAGUCAACCGCUGGCGUGCACGGGCGGGUUUCAAGCUGAUACAAACGCCCCUUCGAUCCGAAGCCUUCCAGCUCAUCUUAAGCGGGGAAGAGCCGGAGUUCGACCCCCUCGAUCUCGAUGGGUUGUUCGAGGACGAGGACGAGCUGUUUCCGUCCCGACGACGCACGGCUCAGGCUGAUGAGGCGUCGUGCGAGGGACCGCUGGUGCUCGUCGAUCCGUACCAGGGCCAUGCAGAUCGCGGCACGCGUGAGCACGAGAAACAGUUCGACGAGCGAGAUGCGCACGUAUCUGACGCGACACCCACGAUAUAUACACCUCCAGAUCAUCUCCCGGCGUUCCCAUCCCCGCUGCGCUCCUUUCCACGUGAUUCCUCCGUCCAGUCAUCCCCGCAGUAUCUUGAAACACCGCCAAGCAGCGGGUACAGCGUGGGCCCCACCGGCUUCGCCGAGCAGCAGGAGGAAGCCUGGAUGUUCUUCGAAGGACAGUGGGGAAAUUGA